AUGGUUGAUGUCUCUUCAACGGAAUGGCUUAAGGAUUUGCCCUUACGUGAUCGGGAGUCCCUUGUUUACACCGCCAAAUGCCUUGAGCAGGCUGAACGGUUUGAUGAUAUGGCUUUCUGUAUGAAGGAGGUGACAAAUUUUGAUCAGGAAUUAAACAAUGAGGAAAGGAACCUUCUCUCGGUUGCUUUCAAAAAUGUUGUUGGUUCUCGACGUAACUCAUACAGAGUGCUAUCCAGCCGUCUUUCCAGGACUACUGAUGCUGACAAACAGAAUCUUACUAAGGAGUACCUUGAUACUCUUCAAAAGGAGCUCAAUGAUAUUUGCACCGAUGUCCUUAAAUUGAUUGAUGAGCGUUUGUGUCCCAAGUGCUCAAAUGCUGAGGGUAAAGUUUUCUAUAAGAAGAUGCUGGGUGAUUAUUAUCGCUAUAAGGCUGAAAAUGCUAAGGGCGAAGAGCACAAGGCUGUUGUGGAAGCAUCUCGUUUGGCUUACGAGGAUGCCACAAAAAUCGCUGAAAGUCUCAGCUAUACCCACCCAAUUCGUCUUGGUCUUGCUUUGAACUACUCUGUAUUCUACUAUGAAAUCAUGAACAGCCCCGAUAGGGCUUGCCAAUUGGCCAAGAAAGCAUUUGAUGAUGCUGUCAGUGAUGUUGACAAUGCCAAUGAGGAGUCCUACAAAGAUAGUACACUCAUCAUGCAACUUCUUCGCGACAAUCUCGCUCUUUGGACUUCUGAUCCAGAAGAGAUCGAAAACAAUGAUGGAGCUGAAUAA